AUGGCAGAUUCGGGUGGACCCGAGGUCAAUAGGGCUUUGGUAGGUCCUGCAUCAACCUAGUCACGACUAAACAAGCUAAUGAACGUCAGUGGUCGCACGAAAUGGUUAACUUGAAGAUCAGUGAUGCUGUUACAGCUGAUUCUUCCACUCUCCAGGUAAGCCGUCCCCUCUCCUCUGAUCAGAUCGCAGACUAAUCUUGUACUGCAGGAGGCAGAAGCGGUCCCUCAGACCAAAGCAACCCUCAGCGAUGACCCGAACACCGUCGAGCCUCAACCCGCGCAGUUCCAAACCGCGCAACCUCGAAGAAGCCCCGGAGCGGAAGUCGUCGGCACCUACGAACUCCUCGAGCAGAUCAUGCUCGACCUGCGCCGCCGCGACAUCAUCCUCGCCCAACGCGUCAGCAAGGCCUUCAAAGCCGUCUACGACAAAUCCCACAAAGUGCAGCAGCGCCUGCCCAUGCGCCUCCCGCCACCGGGGCAGACCGUCUUCCACGCCACCCCUACGAGCCAGCUGGGCCCGGUCAACUAUCUCGCCUGGAACUUCCGGGGGGACCACCACAUUCUCAAAAUCUGCCACUUCCAGGGCCGCCGCAAUUCGGGGUCUGCCGCAAGCUGGCGCUCCGUCGUGCUCGGCCUGCCCGAGGUGCCUUCGAACAGCUACGGUGUACUCUCAGACCCAUCCCAUCGGCCCAAUUUUGCUGUCGCGAACAAGCUUAGAAGCAAGUUGACCGGCAACCUCACGCUGGGAGAAUUAGCCGAUCUGUUGUCCGAGUACAUUGGGGCGGAGUACUCACGGAUUGCAGUGGAUUUCACUUUCUUCUUCUUCGACUAUGUCCGCGCGGAAUCCUGA